AUGUAUUUUUUUAAUUUAUAUAAAAAUUACGAAAGAGUGGAUUUUAUUUUAGUAGAUUCACCAGUGGCGAGGCCAGUAUUUCCAGUUGGAAUAUCAAAUUCAGGUAAUGUAGGUGGUUGCACAAAAAAUGAUUUUCGAUGUAAUGAUGGAAAAUGUAUACGAAUGGAAUGGAAAUGCGAUGGAUCUGGUGAUUGUUCCGAUGGUGAAGACGAAAAAGAUUGUCCUCAUCCCGGCUGUAAACCAGAUCAAUGGCAGUGCGACCGAUAUGAAUGGCAUUCCGUUUCAUGUAUUGCAGAAUAUCAACGAUGUGAUAAUAUAACAGAUUGUGCGGAUGGUUCUGAUGAAGUCGACUGUCCGGCGAAUAGUGUCUCAUGUAAUGUUGACGAUGGAUCCGUUUUUCAAUGUGCUGAUGGACGACAAUGUUUUGAUAUUUUAAAAAAGUGUGAUGGAAAAUAUGAUUGUCGAGAUUUAAGUGAUGAAAAAGAUUCAUGCCCACAUAAUCAUACAGCAUGCUUCCAAUAUCAGUUUCGUUGUGCGGAUCAUUCGCAAUGCAUACAAAAAUCUUGGGUUUGUGACGGUUCGAAUGAUUGCGCUGAUAAUUCAGAUGAGCCACCAACAUGUGAAUUUAAACAAUGUAAUGGAGGAGAAUUUCAAUGCAAAAAUAAGCGUUGUCAACCACGAAAAUUUCGUUGCGAUUAUUAUGAUGAUUGUGGUGAUAAUUCGGAUGAGGAAGGUUGUGGUCAUUAUUUGUGCCCACCACAAAAAUGGAAUUGUCCUGGUUCGGGUCAUUGUAUUGACGAAUUAAAGCUAUGCGAUGGUAAAUCAGAUUGUAUCGAUGGAGCCGACGAAAAAAAUUGCUCAUCAAAUUUAUGUUCAUCACUUGGUUGUCAAGCUGGUUGUCAUCCAUCGCCUUCGGGUGGAACGUGUACUUGUCCAGUUGGAUAUAAGCUUGAUGAACGAUUUCAUCGUACUUGCUCAGAUAUCAAUGAAUGCAAUGAAUGGGGCUAUUGUGAUCAAGGCUGCCAAAAUCAUCGGCCAGGCUUUACGUGUUCUUGUCCGGGUGAAUGCUAUACGCUAGAAAUGAUGCAUGGCCCUGGAACGGAUAAUUUAACUAUGCGUGGUUAUUGCAUAUCGAGAGAACCCGAAAAAUUACGAUUAUAUGUUGCAAGAAGAGAAGGUUUAUAUCGAUUAAAUCCAAACGAUAAGAAUGAAGAAGUGAAAAAGUUAGUUAAUGGUGAAUUUAUUUAUGGAAUUGAUUUCGAUUAUGAAGAUAAGCAAAUGUUUUGGACUGAUCGCUUAUCGCAUUCGGUUUUUUCUGCUAAUAUUGAUGAUAAUGGUGAUAUACAACAUAUAAAAAAACUCGAUUUAAAAAAUCUGAUCUAUCCGAGAAACCUGGCUGUUGAUUGGAUAACAAAUCACCUAUAUAUUAUUGAAUCAGGAUCGAGACGCAUUGAUGUUUCUACAUAUGACGGUUCACGGCGUACAGUGCUUAUUGCUGAUGGUCUUACUUUGCCAUUAGAUAUCGCUUUGGAUCCACUACGUGGAGAAAUGUUUUUCACAAAUCAAUUCAAACUUGAGAAAGCAGCCAUGGAUGGUACUCGUCGAAAGACGUUGAUUAAUAUACAUACACAUCAAGUCAGUGGAAUUGUUGUGGAUAUAGCAGCUAAACGGGUUUAUUGGGUUGAUCCGAAAGUUGAUCGAGUUGAAUCAAUUGACUAUGACGGAAAUGAUCGAAGGAUUGUCUCUCAAGGAAUGAAUAAUGUACCUCAUCCAUUUGGUCUUGCAUUAUUUGACCAAUAUUUGUAUUGGACAGAUUGGACUAGAUUGGGGAUUGUUCGCAUCGAAAAAUUUGGUUCUCCAUCCACCGUUAUUUGGAGUAACAAAGAAAAUAAUGUCUUCCCAAUGGGUAUCGCUGCAUAUCAUCCAAUGGCUCAACUAGGACAUCAAGAAAGUAUAUGCCUUGGAUUAAAAAUAGAUAAUCCAUGUCUUCAGUCGGGUUGUCAAGGAAUGUGUAUAUUAAGCAAAGAUUCGCGUGAAUUCGGUGUUGGAUAUCGUUGUGCUUGUCCAAUUGGCCAAAAACUCGUUGACGAAAAGCGUUGCGUUGAUUCCGAAGAUUAUUUAUUAUUCAGUAGUAAUAAAGUUGUACGAGGAAUUUUUCCUGAAAUGCAACAGAAUGCACUUAGUGAAGCAAUUCUUCCCAUAUCGCCUAUUUCACAACGACGUAUUGGUAUGUAUUUUGAAGUGGAAUGUGACAUACACGGUGGUAGCUUUUUCUAUGCGGAUAUUAUGGACAAUACUGUCACAAGAGUGAAACCGGAUGGUGAAGGAUCAGCUCCAGUUCUUGUCACGCAUAACGAUGGUAUUGUCUCAAUGUCUUUUGAUUGGAUUGCAAAACAACUUUACUACGUCGAUAAUAUAAGAAAUAGCUUGGAAGUUGUCAAAGUUCUCGAACAGGGUCUAGUUCAUCCCGAUCAAUUGAUCCAUCGUCAACUUUUAAGUGGUUUAAGAGAUCCUGUAGCAAUUGCUGUUCAUCCAUGGAAGGGUGCUUUAUUCUUCGCUGAAGCUCAACGACCUGCUCGUAUAUUUCGAUGCAUGAUCGAUGCUUCGGACUGUAAAGUAAUUCGAAACACAACACUUGGUCGACCAUCAAGCUUUGCGAUUGACUUCGAAGAAAAUCGUCUUUGCUAUGGUGACACUCUUUUAAAAACUAUAUCAUGUAUGAAUUUCGAUGGCUCGAGGCAUUUCGUAUUGCCUAUCGAUAAUCCAAUACCAGUUGCAAUUGCUUUACUUGGAGAAGAAUUAUAUUACGUACAUCAACGACCAUAUUCAAUUCGACGCGUUAGCAAAAGAAAUGGUGGAAUUGGUAAAAUUGUUCGAGAAUUCACCGGUGAAGAGCGGAGUGUUUUUUCACUUAAGAGUUGUUCUCGUUCGAAUCAACCAAUUCCUGAUCCUUCAAUUGAUCAUCCUUGUCGUGCUAGCGAUUGUUCUCAAUUAUGUUUCGCGUUACCAAAUUCUUCAUCAUCUUCCGAAGCACAACCACUUAUCAAAAAAUGUGGCUGUAGACAAGGAUACAAAAUCAAUACGGAGAAUAUGCGAAAUUGUCAACGAGAUCCAAGGGAAUCAGUUGAACCACUAUGUCCUAAUAAUUCUUCACAAUUCCUUUGUAGAAAUGGUAGAUGUAUACCAAAUGAAUGGAAAUGUGACGGUGAAAAUGAUUGUCUUGAUGGAAGUGAUGAAAGGAAUACUGAAGGUAAACCAUGUUUCAUUCCUAAAGAAUGUCCAUCAAAUACUAUAAUGUGUAAUAAUACGAAGAAAUGCAUUCCGCAACAAUAUGCAUGCGAUGGCGAUAAUGAUUGCGGAGAUUAUUCGGAUGAAGAUAUUAAGUACUGCAAAAAUGGUGAGCCUCCAGUAUGUGCUGCGAAGAAAUUCCAGUGCGACAAUCAUCGCUGUAUUCCUGAGCAAUGGAAAUGUGAUUCUGAUAAUGAUUGUGGUGAUGGAUCAGAUGAGAAAUUUGAGAUGUGCGCGAACUCAACUUGUUCUUCUAAUCAGUUUACAUGUGGCAAUGGUCGAUGUAUACCAGUAUAUUGGCUUUGUGAUGGUGAUAAUGAUUGUUAUGAUAAUACUGAUGAAGAUAAGGAAAGAUGUCCACCGAUACAUUGUAGAGCUGAUUAUUUUCGUUGUGCUAAUGGUAGGCAAUGCAUAUCGUUGCGAAAUCAUUGUGACGGACAACAGGAUUGUGAAGAUGGUUCGGAUGAGGAUAGUUGUGUUCAACAGGCAGGAAAGUGUAAACACAACGAAUUUACAUGUGUUUCCACUGGUCUUUGCAUACCGCUAGCAUGGAAAUGUGAUGGACAAAAAGAUUGCGAUGAUGGUAGCGAUGAACCGGCCGGAAUUUGUUCAGAGAGUCAGUGUGCUUCUGAUCACUUCAAGUGUGAUAAUGGUCGAUGUAUAUUUAAUGCUUGGUUAUGUGAUGGAGAAAAUGAUUGCGGGGAUAAUAGCGAUGAGGAUAUUAAACAUGGCUGUCAGAAAAGUCAGCAACUCUCUCCUAAAUGUCCCUUCGAACAGAUAUCCUGUGCUGGCUCGUCGGAUAUAUGUAUUCCUCUUCAUAAUUUAUGCGAUGGAAAAGAUCAUUGUCCUGGAGGUACGGAUGAAGGUGGUCGAUGUGCUAGAGAUUUAUGCGCAGCAGGUCGUGCUGGCUGUUCUUAUAAGUGCCACAUGAGCCCCGAUGGACCAAUAUGCUCGUGCCCAUUUGGUGAACAGUUAGUGAAUAAAACUCGAUGCGAACCUGAAAAUGAAUGUUUGGACGCUCGCACAUGCAGUCAAAGAUGCAAAGAUGAAAAGCAUGGGUUCACUUGUAGUUGUGAUGAAGGGUACACUCUUGGUGUAGACAAAAGGACUUGUAAAGUAACUAAGGAUUUAGAGGAUGCUCGAAUUUAUAUAUCUAACAGAAACCGAAUUUAUUGGUCCGAUCAUAAAAUCGAAAAUUGGCAUACGUUUGAAGCGCAAAUUGAAAAUGCUGUUGCAUUGGCUUGGGAUUCAGUUGAUGAUCGAAUUUACUGGUCCGAUAUACGAGAAAAGAAAAUCUUUUCGGCGACAAGAAAUGGUACCAAUAUGACUGCAUUUAUCGCUGAAGGCUUAGAUGUUACAGAAGGUAUUAGCAUUGAUUGGGUGGCUCGUAAUCUAUAUUGGGUCGAUUCCAGUUUAAAUACCAUUGAGGUUGCGUCACUUGAUCGACCUAGCGCAAGAGUGGUACUUUUGUAUAAGAACAUCGAUCAACCUCGUGGAAUUGCUGUAGAUCCGAGAAAAGGAUUGCUAUUCUGGACGGACUGGGGACAGAAACCUCGAAUUGAACGUGCCAAUAUGGAUGGUACAGAACGCAUUAUUCUUGUUGAUACAAAGGUUUAUUGGCCGAAUACUAUCGCUAUAGAUUUCACCACCGAUCGCGUCUAUUUUGCCGAUAGCAAAUUGGAUUAUAUUGAUUUUGUAAAUUACGAUGGAACUGGUCGAACUCAAGUGCUGGCAUCUCCAAAAUUCAUACAACAUCCUCAUGCUUUAGCAAUUUUUGAAGAUACGAUUUACUAUAGUGAUCGACGCUUACAACGUCUACAACUUUAUACAAAAUAUCCAAAUGGUACUUCUGGAAAUUAUGCGGCGCACACAUUUUCUCGUGCAUUAGGCGUAAUAGCAGUUCAUCCAGUUUUACAACCAAAAGUUGCAAAUAAUCCAUGUUCAGGAAAUCAAUGCUCACAUCUAUGCCUUAUCGGCAAAUCCUUUACAUGUAAAUGUCCUAUGGGAAAAAUAUUAGAUAGCAGUGGUAAGAACUGUGUCAAUGAUAUGCAACCAUUUUUGAUGUUGGUGCAAAAGAAUAGCAUAUUUGGUGUUAAAAUGGACGAAUCUGUGAAUGGCACGCCAGCAAUGUCCGGAAUGGUACCAAUAGCUGGUCUUAAUAAUGCGUUUGAUGCGGCUUAUGAUCCUGAAACUUCAGAGGCGUUUUGCCUUGAACAUUCGACGACGAGUCGUGUUAUUGGUCCAAAUGUGUCAACGUCGCGAAUUCCUGAUGACCCAUAUUGCAUGGCUGUGGAUUGGAUUGGACGCAACUUGUAUGUGGGGAAUAAAAUUUCACAAACAAUUGACGUUAUUCGAACACACGGUACUCAGUAUCGUGCUACCAUUCUGAAUAAUGAUCAAUCUCCAACAGCGGUGGCUCAACCUGUUGCUAUUGCAAUCGACUCGGGGCGUGGAAUCCUCUUUUGGUUAGAUCGCGGUGCUGGUGCUGUUUCAUCAAAGGUUGCUCGAGCUGAUUUGGAUGGCAAAAAUGCGCUUGUUAUUGUUUCCAAUGAUCUUUCUGAAUUGGAUCAAAUAGCUUUGGAUUUGUCUAAUCAAAGAGUUUAUUUUUCGGAAUCUAAAGCUGGCAGAAUUUCAUCAGUAAAUUAUGAUGGUCAAGAUCGCCAGUAUAUCUUAAAUGACGCCGGAAAACAACCGCGAAGUUUGGCGUUUUUCAAUAAUCGCUUAUUUUACGCAGACAGCGCUUUUGAUUCGAUUGAGGUGUCCACAAUACCGAAUAACGGUGAAGCAAUGGAAUUUAAGCAUUUUAGGAGAGAGAUCGAUCGUCUUAACAACAUUCGAGUAGUUGCACCGAUGUCUUCAACAUUUUCUCAUCCUUGUCGUAUAAAUAAUGGAAACUGUGAGCAUUUAUGUAUUGCACGUCCUUAUUCUCAACAUCAAUGUAUUUGUGCAUCCGGUUAUAUUCUUGAGGGCGCAACUCGUUGUAAACUCUAUGAUCAAUCGUUUCUUCUAAUCGCUACGAAGACAAGAUUGAUGGGUGAAUCGAAAUCGAUAGCACUAGAACCGAUUGGAGGAACUUCGAUAACAGCCGUUGAUAUCGAAUAUGAGAGUAAAUCGAUAUUUGUAGCCGAAUCAACGGGUCCAAAUCGGGGUAUCCAUCGAUUAACAUUAGGAAGUAAUGAGAUGAAACCAGUUGUUAAAGAUGUGUUUGGUUCAUUCUUAAUACGAAGUAUUGCUGUCGACUGGAUUAAUUAUAAUCUCUAUUUUAUAAACGUGGAUUUCGAACGAACACAUCUGGAAGUAUGUCAAUUAGAUGGAAAGCAUAGAAAAGUUUUAUUGUCAACAAAAACAGAAACACCGACAUCAAUUGCCGUUGAUCCAAUUUCUCGAUAUCUAUACUGGGUAGAUCAAGGUCAGCAACCUUCCAUACAACGAUCAUUUUUGGACGGUUCGAAUAGGCAAGUUAUCAUCCAUAAAGGUAUUGCGGAACCAACUGAUCUAGUUGUUGAUCCAAACAGCCAUAUGAUUUACUGGACGGAUGCAAAACUCGACGGUAUAUUUCGAGUACGUUCAGACGGUGGGACACCUGAAUUGGUGCGAAGUGAUAUUGCUGCUGGUGCAGGUAUCGCAUUACUCGGUCAAAAUAUGUACUGGACCGAUAGUCGUCUCGAAAAAGUGUUCUCUGCGACAAGCAAACCAAAUCAAACUUUAUUUUCACCAGUAACAUUGGCAGCUAACUUAGCAGAACUUGGAAAUGUUGUUGUGUUCGAUGAGUCGGUUCAGCCGAGAGCAUCAUCACCAUGCCAAAUAACAGAUAAUUUGAGAAAGAGUCCGUGUCCUCAGUUGUGUUUUGCCACUCCAUUAAGUCAAAAUCCGACUUGUGCAUGUGCUCGAGGUGUACUUAGAGGAAGAUCAUGCGAAGAACCAAAUUCAUAUUUAAUGUUUAUCGAUGGUGAUCGAAUUGUCGAUGCACCUAUUGAACCUGAUGUCAAAGCUUCCACACCACUAAAAGAAUCGUUCUCUUCAAUUGAUAAUCUCCAAAGUUUUGAUGUUGAUAUCAAUUUAAGACGGAUAUAUAUUGUAACUGAAUCGCCGCUUGGAGUAAAUAUCUCUUGGUUUGCUAUGAACCAACCAAAUCAACACUUAAUUUUCGGCCAAACAAAACCAAAAUUAUCGGAAAAUGCUGUUCGCCAUAUUUCUGAUAUGAAACUGGAUUGGUUAACGCAAAAGAUUUAUUUCACCACUGGGCGUGGAGGUAAAAUCUAUGUAAUGGAUGUACAAGGUGAGCAUGUAGCGACAGUCGCUAAUGGUGACUGGACUUAUGCGAUUGCAUUGGAUCCAUGCGCUGGUUUAAUGUUUUGGUCCGAUAGUGGAUAUAAAAUUUCAGGAGGUGUAUAUGAACCUCGAAUUGAAAGGGCAAAUUUAGCUGGCGGUGAUCGAAAGGUAAUUAUAAAAGAAGGUGUUAGCCUUCCAGCUGCGAUUACCGUUGAUUAUCGCGAGCAAAGGAUCUAUUGGGCCGAUGUUAAUAGAUUGGAUAUUGAAUCGUGUGAUUAUAACGGGAAUAAUCGACGUACCAUAGGAAAUGGUUAUCGCGCAAAAAGCCUGGAAAUUUGGAGUCAAUGGUUAUAUUUUAGCGAUCCGCUUGCUAAUGGUGUUUUUCGAAUUAAUAAAGAUACUGGUGGAGAAUUUGAAGCAGUAGCUGUAGAUCGAAGAAUUCCAUCAGUUAUACAUAUAUUCGCAUCCGGUAGCGAUAUUCGCGAAAGAUCGCAAUUUUGCAGUUCAUUAACCAGUAAUUUAUGCAAAAAGGACAAUGGUGGAUGUGAGCAGCUUUGCGCUGUUGUACCAACUGAUAUUGGCGUUGCUGCAUCGAAAAUUCAAUGCUCUUGCAAUGAUACGUAUGAACUUGUUCAGUUACCUGGAAAGGAUAUUGCCACUCAAUGCGUAUUGAAAAAUGAUUUCCGUGGCAUAUGUCAACCACCAUAUAAUUUCGAAUGCGGCGAUGGUACUUGUAUUUCACUGAGUGAUACUUGUAAUGGAGUAACUGACUGCUCAGACGGAUCCGAUGAACAUCCUACAUAUUGUAAUACCAGAGUUUGUCCUGAGAAAUAUUUCCUAUGUACAAAUAGAAGAUGUAUUGAAACUGGUCGCCACUGCAAUGGUAUUGAUGACUGUGGGGAUAACUCCGACGAAUUGAAUUGUGCAUCAGGCACAGCUUGUCCAGCUGGCCAUUUUGCUUGUUCUAAUGGACAUUGUAUCAGUGAAAGCAAGGUAUGCGAUGGUCAUAAUGAUUGUCAUGAUGAAAAAGUGUCGGAUGAAAGUAAAAGCACUUGCCCAAAUUUGCCUAUAGAUUGUCGUGGUGUACGAAUCCGCUGCCCGAAUACUAAUAUUUGUAUUCAACCAGCUGAUCUUUGCGAUGGUUAUGAUGAUUGUGGUGAUAAAUCCGAUGAAAAUAAACUUUUCUGCAUGAAUCAAUCUUGCGCAACUCAUUACGUUCGUUGUCCAAGUGGUCGAUGUAUUCCCGAAACUUGGCAAUGCGAUGGUGACAAUGAUUGUGGUGAAGGUGCAUGGGAUGAAACGCAUAAAGAUUGCGCCGAUGAAAAUGGUCGAAGAAUUUGUCAUGGCGAAUAUUUAUUCCAAUGUAACAAUGGUAAAUGCAUAAGUCGUGCAUUUAUUUGUGAUGGCGAAGAUGAUUGCGGCGAUUCCUCUGAUGAGAGUUCCAUUCAUAAUUGUGGUAAUCGUACUUGCUCGGAUCAAGAAUUUCAUUGUCGAUCAAAUGCUCUUCUUGCCCAACCAAAAUAUGAAUGUAUACCAAAGUCGUGGUUAUGUGACGGUGAUGUAACAUGUGCGGGUGGUGAAGAUGAAAGUAAAGAAUUAUGUGGAAUUGAGAAGAAAGAUUGUAAUAAAGGAGAAUUCAGAUGCAUGAAUAGUCACUGUAUACAUGCUUCAUGGGAGUGUGAUGGUGAUAAUGACUGUCUAGAUGGGUCCGAUGAACAUGCGAAUUGCACUUAUUCACAAUGCCAACCAGAAUUCUGGCAAUGUUCGAAUCACAAAUGUAUUCCCAAUUCGUGGAAAUGCGAUGGUAAUGACGAUUGCGAUGAUGGUAGUGACGAGAAGGAUUGUCGCGGUGUGAAUAAUUCAAGCGGAUCGCGCAAUUCUUGUCCACCGGGUCAAUUCUAUUGUACAAGUGGUGAAUGCAUUGAUAAUAGUAAAGUUUGUGAUCGAAUUUAUGAUUGUGCUGAUCGUUCAGACGAAUCGUCUACAUGCUUUGUUAACGAAUGUACAACGUCGCAAUUCCCAUUAUGUGAACAGAAAUGUGUUGAUCUACCCAAAGACUACAAAUGUGAAUGCUACGAGGGAUUCGCACUUGACAAAGAUGACAAAAAAUCUUGUCAUGAUAUCGAUGAAUGUGAAGAUGGAAGUUCAAGUUGCAGUCAACGUUGUGAAAAUAAAAUUGGUACAUAUAAAUGUUCAUGCGUUGAUGGAUAUUCCAUGACAAGCGAUGAUCAUACUUGCAAGCGCGUCGAUCCCGAACCUGAACCUUGGUUACUCUUUGCAAAUAAACAUUAUAUUAGAAAGCUGAGCUUCGAUGGGGAAAACUAUGAGCUUAUUGCGAGAGGAUUCGAAAAUGUUAUAUCUGUUGAUAUUGAUAUGACCGAAAGAAAGGCGUAUAUAAUUGAUUCAGGAAAAUUACGUCUUUAUAGAGUUGGAUUAGAAGAACUCGACAAGCCAGUUACUUCUUACGAAAUUGUCCUUCGACAUAAUAUUUUCGGAACCGAAGGUAUUGCUGUUGAUUGGAUAGGUCGUAAAUUUUAUAUGUUAAAUCGGCAAGAUAGAGCAUUACGUGUUUGUGAGCUUGAUGGUAGAUUCUGUAGAACUCUAAUUCGAGAUCGCAUCGUUCAGCCUAAGGCGAUAGUAGUCCAUCCUGGUCGCGGCUAUGUAUAUUUCACUGAAUGGAGCUUACAACCGUAUAUUGGGCGUAUUUCAAUGGAUGGUUCACCAGAAUUGGCUGAUCCUGUUGUUAAACUAGCUGAAAAUGAUCUUGGUUGGCCAAAUGCAUUAACAAUCGAUUUCUUUUCAGACAAAUUGUAUUGGGCCGAUGCGCAUCUCAAUGAAAUUGGUUUCAUGAAUUUGGAUGGAGGAGCUAGACAUCAUAUACCGGCUAAACGUACUUCUCAUGUCGCAUCGAUGGCAGUCUUUGAUGAUUAUCUUUUCUGGACUGAUUGGAAUUUGCUUGAAGUGAUAAGAGCUGAUAAGUGGAGAGCAGCUAAUGAAACAGUCUUGAAGAUAACAACGCAACUUCCUAACGAUAUUAGGGUUAUUCAUCCAUUCCGUCAACCAAAAUAUGUUAAUCCAUGUGGUACCAAUAAUGGUGGCUGUUCACAUCUUUGCCUAAUAUCAGCAAAUGAAAAUAGUACUAGUUAUACUUGUUCAUGUCCCGAUCAGUUUAUUUUACUCGCUGAUAAUAAGACAUGUGAACCACAUUGUACUGACCGACAAUUUGCUUGCGGAGGUGAAGAUGCGAAAUGUAUUCCAAAACUGUGGUACUGUGAUGGAGAAGCAGAUUGCCGUGAUGGAAGCGAUGAGCCCGGUGAAGGAAUCUGCGGGCUACGGAUUUGCGCAGUUGGUGAAUUUCAGUGUUCCAAUCAUAACUGCACUAGGCCUUUCCAACUUUGCGAUGGGAACGACGACUGUGGUGAUGGCAGUGAUGAAGUCGAUUGUGAUAAGCCAUGCGAUCCUUGGAUGUUUAAAUGUGCUGCCACUGGCAAAUGUAUUCCAAAGAGAUUCGCGUGUGAUGGCGAUGAUGAUUGUGGCGAUCGAUCUGAUGAAUCGGAUACAAUUUGCAAAAAUCACUUACGAAAUUGUACUGCUGAAGAGUUCCGCUGUACCAAUCAUAAAUGCAUACCAAAAGCAUGGAAAUGUGAUAAUGAUGAUGACUGUGGCGAUGGAUCAGAUGAACCCUCCGAGUGUGUUAAUGUUGAAUGUAGGAAAGGAUGGACUCGUUGUGCAACAUCUUAUAGAUGUAUACCAAACUGGGCUUUCUGUAAUGGACAAGAUGAUUGUCGAGAUAACUCGGAUGAAAUAAUAGAGAGAUGUCCCAGUUGUGAUGAUAUCGGCGAAUUUCGUUGUGCGACUUCGGGAAAAUGCAUUCCAAGGUUAAGGUGGAUGUGUGAUAGUGAAAAUGAUUGUGGUGAUGAUUCCGACGAGACAGAUCCAUCUUGCGGUGGAACAUCUCGACCAUGCUCUGAAUCAGAGUUUCGAUGUAAUGAUGGACGUUGCAUUCCAGGAAGCAAGGUUUGCGAUGGUACUGUACAAUGUAAUGAUGGCUUAGAUGAAUCGCAGUGCAAAAUUCGACAAUGCGCUACAGGAUUUCAUCAAUGCAUCGAUGGAACCUGCAUUCCGGAACAUCGUUGGUGCGAUCGUCGUAAAGAUUGUCCAGACGCAUCCGAUGAAGUUCAUUGUGACGAGCAUCCGAAUCGCCGUUCAUGUAGUCCAUUCGAAUUUGAAUGUGCUAAUUCUGUUUGUGUACCACGUAAAUUCAUAUGUGAUGGUGAUAAUGACUGUGGUGAUAAUUCGGAUGAAACUACUGAAAUAUGCAAAGGAGCUGUCUGUGAACCACCAUUACGAUUUCGAUGCGCGCAUUCUCGUCUUUGCCUAAAUAUACUUCAGUUAUGUAACGGUUUCAAUGACUGUGGAAUACACGAUUUCUCGGACGAACACCUAUCUAUGUGUAGUUCAUUCUCGGAAUAUGGUGAUUGUUCAACCGAUGAGUUCAAAUGCACGAAUGGCAAAUGCAUAAAUGCAACUUUAGCAUGCGAUCAUAACGAUGAUUGUGGUGAUGCGACUGAUGAAAUAGGAUGCGCAAAGAAGAACGGUAUUACCUGUAAUACAAAUAAUGAUAAUGGUGGAUGUAAGCAUUUAUGUACGGAUGUAAGUGAUGGCUAUUAUUGCCAUUGUAGAGAGGGUUUUCAAACAAAUCCCGAAGAUCCAUUUGAUUGUAUUGAUAUCGAUGAAUGCAGCGGAAAUAAUACUUGUACUCAGUCAUGUUUGAAUACGAAAGGUUCGUAUUUAUGCAGAUGUCUCGAUGAUUUCGAGAAUAAUGUUGUGGUUGGAGCGAUGACUGGGAAAGACUGUAGAGCAAAGGGAGAACCGGCAUUGAUAAUGAUAGCAUCUAAUGAUGAAGUUGUGCAAUUAAAUCUCGCGCACACUAAUGGAACUGUACGACAUCCAGCAGCAAAAUCGGUGGGUAACGGUGAUCUAAUGGCCGUGGAAUUUGAUCCGCGUCGUGAAUUAAUGUUCUGGAUCGAUAAUGAGCAAAAGGCUAUUUAUCGCUCAGCUCUUCCGAAAGGGAACCAAUCACAUAUUGGUCAACAACUCGACAUAGAUUUUAGAAAAUUGGGAAUGACCCCGAUGGCAAUGGCUGUUGAUUAUCUUACCGGAAAUUUAUAUAUAACGACAACUUCUGAUUACUUAUCAUUACGUAACAAGCGGAUGUCUGAACCUAGAAUUGAGGGGAAUGCUGGAGCCAUUUAUGUUGCCAAAUCCGAUGGUCGUUAUCUUCGAAAGAUUAUCGAGGGUAGACUUCAAUCGCCAUUAGCAAUUGUAUGCUUACCACAGCUUGGUCGCAUUUGCUAUACAGAUGUUGGAACUCAAGCCAAGAUUGAAUGUGCUGAUAUGGAUGGUAACCAUCGUGAGAUUAUUGUGAAUGAAUUAAUAUUUACGCCAACUGCACUAGCGGUCGACGAAGCAAAAGAUAAUCGCUUAUAUUGGGCUGAUCCUAAAUUUCAUAAAGUUGAAACUAUUUUACCUGAUGGUUCAAAACGUACAACAAUUAUUUCGGAUAACCGUCGACCAACAGCAAUUGAUGUCUUUGAAAAUAAUAUUUAUUGGGCUUCAGAAGAGACCUCAAAUAUUUAUGUUCAAGAUAAAUUUGGACGUGGACGUGUUCAUAUUCUCGCUUCAAACGUGCCUAAUGUUCGUAGCAUUCGAGUACAACAACGUUUCGCUCGUGAUGUUGUUCGCGCAGAAUCUUCAUGUGCUCGUGCUUCAUGCACACACUUAUGUGUUGAACUGCCAGGAAAUGGCUUUUCUUGUCUUUGUCCUGAUUUAUCAACGUCACUCAAUGACGGAUCAUGUUCGGGACCUGAAGUCGAAGAAUUACGUAUGCCAAUACAAUGUGCUUGUCAAAAUGGUGGUGUUUGUCAACUGGAUGGUACUUGUGAUUGUGGCGAGUUUGAAGGUGAAACUUGUCAAAGGCCAUCAACGGUUUCUCGUCAAUUAAUUGGACGAUUUGGCUCAAAUAUGAUUUUGGCUAUUGCUCUUCUUUUAAUGCUUACAGCAUGCCUUGUAUUGGUUGCAUUUAUCGCUGUUGGAAUCUAUAAAAAACGAUUAUUGUUGUUUAAGAAAACUGAAGCUGCUGAAAGUGGUGUAUCGUUUCAUGGAAAUGUGAUUUCAUUCAGCAAUCCAGUUCUUGAUCAUAAACCUGAUGAAGCAGUUCCAGUUGAAUAUAGCAUGAUCCAGAUAAGAAAUGAAAACGCUGGAGCGUCAACAACAUUCGAAAAUCCAGUUUACGAAAUGGAGGAAAAUGAUACAACUAAUGCAAGCAAAGCAUCAACGUCUCGUUCGCAUUCUAUUUCAUCUGCUGAUAUGAGACCUGAACCAUCGUUCGCAGUCAUUGGUUAG